AUGAUGAAGUCCUCUUUACAUGCAGAAGAGGAUGAUUUUGUGCCUGAGCUUCAGAGAAGUAUUCAUCCCCGUGAAAGACCAGAUUGGGAAGAGACCCUCAAUGCAAUGGCAAGAGGAGCAGACAUCCCUGAGAUUUCGGGAGAGUUAUCUUUGCGGACCUGUGGCAGCACAGCUAGCAUGAAAGUGAAGAAUGUGAAAAAGUUGUCCUUCACCAAAGGCCAUUUUCCAAAGAUGGCAGAAUGUGCACACUUCCAUUAUGAAAAUGUGGACUUUGGCAAUAUACAGCUUUCACUCCCGGAGGAACAGAAUGAAGUAACAAGAAAUGGCUGUGAGUCCAAGGAACUUGUCUAUCUAGUACAGAUCUCUUGUCAGGGCAAGAGCUGGAUUGUGAAGCGGAGUUAUGAAGAUUUUAGAGUGCUUGAUAAACAUCUUCAUCUAUGUAUUUAUGAUCGACGCUUCUCUCAGCUCUCAGAGCUACCUCGUUCUGAUGCUCUGAAGGAUAAUCCAGAGCUCGUUACCCAGAUGCUGAUGGCUUACCUGUCCCGACUCUCAGCCAUUGCUGGCAACAAGAUAAAUUGUGGUCCUGCUCUCACAUGGAUGGAGAUCGAUAACAAGGGGAAUCGCCUUCUAGUUCAUGAGGAGUCAUCCAUUAAUGUUCCUGCUAUUGCAGCUGCUCAUGUUAUUAAGAGAUACAUUGCCCAGGCAGCAGAUGAACUGUCCUUUGAGGUUGGAGAUAUUGUUUCUGUUAUUGAUAUGCCUCCAAAAGAAUUGACCACUUGGUGGAGGGGAAAACAUGGAUUUCAGGUGGGAUUCUUUCCUAGUGAAUGUGUUGAACUAAUUAAUGACAAAGUUCCUCAGUCUGUGACCAAUUCUGUACCAAAGCCAGUGUCCAAAAAACACGGCAAGCUUAUUACUUUCUUGCGUACAUUCAUGAAGUCUCGACCAACAAAGCAGAAACUGAAGCAACGUGGGAUCUUAAAGGAGAGGGUGUUUGGCUGUGAUCUUGGAGAACAUCUUCUUAACUCUGGCCAUGACGUUCCCCAGGUCCUUAAGAGUUGCACUGAAUUCAUUGAAAAGCAUGGUAUUGUGGAUGGAAUAUAUCGUCUCUCUGGGAUUGCAUCCAAUAUCCAAAAGUUACGGCAUGAGUUUGACUCCGAACAAAUCCCUGACUUGACAAAAGAUGUGUAUAUUCAGGAUAUACACUGUGUGGGCUCACUCUGCAAGCUCUAUUUUCGAGAACUCCCCAAUCCUCUCCUCACCUAUCAGCUCUAUGAGAAAUUUUCAGAUGCUGUAUCUGCUGCUACUGACGAAGAACGGCUGGUGAAAAUCCAUGAUGUCAUCCAGCAGUUGCCACCACCGCACUACAGGACGCUCGAGUUCCUUAUGAGGCAUUUGUCUCACCUGGCUGAAUAUUGUGCCAUCACAAACAUGCAUACGAAGAACUUAGCCAUUGUCUGGGCACCAAACUUAUUAAGAUCAAAGCAGAUAGAAUCUGCUUGCUUCAGUGGAACAGCAGCUUUUAUGGAAGUGCGAAUCCAAUCAGUGGUUGUGGAAUUCAUUCUCAAUCACGUGGAUGUCCUGUUCAGCUCCAAACUAAGCUCUGUUAUCCGAGAGAGUGCAGGUCACAGUUCCUUGUCACGGCCUAAAUCUUUGCUAGUUUCCUCCCCCUCCACAAAGCUGCUCACCUUAGAGGAGGCCCAGGCAAGGACUCAGGCUCAGAUAAAUUCUCCAUCCGUGGCAGACAGCAAGUACAUCGAAGUAGGCGAAGGACCUGCUGCUUUGCAGGGCAAGUUCCAUACCAUCAUAGACUUUCCAUCUGAAAGAAAGAGGCCUCCCAGUAAGAUGAAAAAAUCUCCUGUUGGCAGCUGGCGUUCUUUCUUUAACCUGGGGAAAUCAUCCUCUCUCUCCAAACGGAAGCUGCAGCGCAACCCAAGUGAGCCGUCAGAAAUGAAGGCAAUAGCUCUUGCAGGAGGACGAGGAGAUAGUGGAACGCUGCGCUCCGCCAAGAGUGAAGAGUCUCUUUCAUCUUUACAUGCUAUAGAUGGUGAAUCUAAACUGUUUCGACCCCGAAGACCAAGAUCUAGCAGCGAUGCUUUAUCAGCUUCUUUUAAUGGGGAAUUGUUGGGGAACAUGAACCGCUGCAAUUCUUACGAUAAUCUGCCCCAUGACCAUGAAAGUGAUGGAGAUGAGGGACAUCUACAGGUUCCUGCUCUCAUUUCUCCAAGGUCAGCAGAAGAUGUUGAUCUGAGCCCGCCUGAGAUUGGGGUGGCUAGUUUGGAUUUUGACCCUAUGUCUUUUCAGUGCAGCCCACCCAAAGCAGAAUCUGAGUGUCUUGACAGCAGCACCUCCCUGUUGGAGUCAAUGGACUAUAACAAGGACAAGCAAAGUGUCUUUAAGAAAGAGCUAGACUCGGGCAGCCAGUCUCAGACACCUGGCAGUGCCACAAGCUCGGAACCGGUUUCUCCUUAUCAAGAAAAAACCACAAGUCCCUUCUUCACUCUAGAUUUGAGCCCAGCUGAAGAGAAACCACCAUCAAAACUCCAGUCUUUCUCUGAGAAGGUCGCCUGUGCCUAUUCCCCCAAGACGGGGCGAAAACCAGUCAAAUCUCCACCACUGACUGUAUCAGAACCCAUUUCUUUUGCUGUCCCCAGCCGAAUGCCAGAUGUGAUUACUGGAGGAGUGUCAGGAAGUGGUGGCCCUUUGGAUUGGACUAAAAAAAAUGUUAGCAGCAGUGAAGCUUUAAGCAUGUCCCUAUCCCAGUUCAUGGUGUCUCCUUUGAAAAGCAAUGAAAGUAGGCAUGGUGAAGAACACCAGCAAGAACUCCAGAAAACAGGAGAUACCAAGAAAGCAGAGCUUCAAGAAGAGGUGGAACAACUUGUACUCAACAGCAGCCAGAAUAAGCCUGUACCUUCUGGACUGACACAGCCAGGAGCUGUUGCCCUUGACACCCCCCAGGAUUCUGUUCCAGUCAAUUCUGUCUCUGUUGUCCCUCCUCCACCUCCGAAAAAUGCCGCACGCAUUCUGGCUCUGGCCCUGGCUGAAUCUGCCCAGCAAGCUUCAGUUCAGUCCCAGAAGAAACCAGAUAUUCAUUCGGACUGUAGCAACUGUGGGAAAAUUGAGAGUGGAGGAAUUGUAGAAAAGUUCCACCCAUAUCCUGGCCCUGCUUCUGAAAUACUUCAGUUCUAUGCUGCUGUGCCAGAGAAUCAGCUCAGUUUUCAGAUUGUUGUACCUGGGGAUCAUCAAAGAAGCGGGUUGCACUUAGAUCAAGGACCCCAAAGCAGUGGCAUGCCUGAAGGCGACAACCAUCUACAGGUCGUCACAUCUGAACAUCUGGAUCACUCCACUCUCUCUAAUAACAUGCCAGGAGACCUUCAUGGUGGUACUAACAUGGGCUGGGACCACUCCCACUUCUAUCCAUGUACAGUGGGGGACACAUACCCUCUUACUCAAUCUUUUGCAUCAGAAGAUCAGAGUCAUCUUCAUUCCUGUACUGGAGGAUCUGUUCAGGCAGAGCCAUCUACAGCAGAGAUACCAGUAGGAAGUCCUCACCUCCAUGCUUGUGUCCCUUUGGAUAAGAACCAAAUCCAGGCUGACAAGCUUCAUUUUCCCAUCUGUAAAGUUGAUGACAGACUUCCCUUUCCUUCGGUAACUCUUGGGGAGAAAACUGUCCCCACAGAUCUGGCCUGCAUGAUAAAGAACCAGUCAGCAGCUACCAAACCUAAUACUGGCAUAUCCAGACCAAAUGUUCCUCUUCAGCCUUCCACAUUCCCCACCACCACCACAUGGGGGGAAACAGCUCUUCUGGCUGCUCAGCAGGCUCUUGCAGGAAGCCACCAAGUUUCACCUGUGAAACCAGGGGACCAGCCAGCCAUGGGACAGACUCCUCCCACUAAAGUUUCAGGUGGCUUCAGUCAGGGACAAGGAGAGACCACUCCAGACAAAUUGCUGGAGCCUAGAACAGCUGAGCCAGCCCUCAUCUUGGGUACUGAGGCCAGUGCUACAAUUCAGUGCACUUCAGCCACCCCAGUGGCUCUCUUUCACCAGGGGCAUUUGGAGAAACCCAGAGAAAAUGCCAGGGCCCCACCUUUACAGAUGAGAUCUGAAUCUGUCCCAGCUCAGUCUUCAUAUGCUUUUAUGCCUCCGGCACCACCUGUGAGGACCAUGGAGAGUAAGCUUGCAGCAGCCAUGCACUCCAACAGCACAGAUACUAUAAACCCUGCCAAUUUCCUUGCUUUUAUGGCUUCUUCCUCAUUGCCACUGUCAGUGGAGGACACUUUGGCACCACCUGCCCUGUCCAAACAAGCAUCCCUUCAGUCUGCCUAUUUCACUCCCUCCAAGUCAGAGAGCACUCCAGAGCCUCCAGCUAGCAUGCAUCCAAAACCUUCAUCGGUUCAUCAGUACAGGGCUGAAAACAGCCAGCCCCACCUUUUUCACAGCAAGUCUGAGCAGCAUCCAGGCUAUCCUUCUCUGUCGGAGACUCCCCCUUCCAUGGGGUCCCGAUAUAAUGCUUAUGCUGGUCAAGGAAAGAGCUCAUAUGUUCAUUACUCCAAGCCUCGCAGUCGGAUCGAGUAUCUGUCUUCCAUUAGUCCAACAAUGAGGAGUAGUAGCUGUGCGGAGGAAGCUCCACCCUACCCCACCAUCCGGAGAGUGCACUCACUGCAUGUGUCCUCUCCCUCCACCAUCCGAUCAGUCCCUAUAUCCCGUACCGAGGUGCCUCCUGAUGAUGAGCCCCUUUACUGCCCAAGGCCUCCCUUCCAGUAUAAGCCAUACCAGCCUCAUGCAGAUUAUCACGUCACCCAAUUGCAACCUUAUUUUGAGAAUGGCCGGGUUCAUUACCGAUACAGCCCUUACUCAAGUUCAUCCAGCUCUUCUUGUUACACUGCAGGAGAUGGUGGAUUUUAUGACUUGGAUCCUUAUGGUACAACGAGAGCGAGGCAGUUCCAUCCUCUUCCAGGCAGAGAUUUUGCAUCCUACUCAAGGCUACAGACCAAGAACCUCUAUCGCUGCCCUGGCCUACCACCAUACCCUCGGGGAGGUCUUGCCGGACCUCUAGCAGGCAAAGAGCACAGUUUCAUUAGUAGGGAUGUGCCCCCUGCCCCUGAUGUCAAACCCAUGUAUGUCUCCUGGGAUCUGGAAGAUAUGGAAAAAUACUGCAUGCAGUCCAUCCGCCGAGAGAGUCGUGCUCGCCAGAAAGUAAAGGGGCCCGUCAUGUCCCAGUAUGACAAUGUAGCCCCUUUGUUGCAAGAUGAGGUACGGGCCAUGGACAUUGUUCACUUGCGCAGCAAAUCUGAUCCUGGGAAAACUGGACUCCUCACUGUUGCUGAUGGGAAAGAAGGAAGAUACCCAGGCAAGGGAGGGGCACCGGAGGGAGAGGAACGCUACUAUGGGCCCCAGCCAGAACCUGAUGUCGACAGAGCCCAUUACCAUGGGAGUUACGGGAAUGGACAGUCCGACAAACCUUUGCUCCCUCAAAAGCAAAGCAGUCUCAGGAGCAGAAAACAGCACGAGGUUGGUUGUAAUUCAGCUGAGCACAGAAUGCACCUUGCACAUGAAGUAACCCACAGGCAGCCUCUGGAUUCUAAAAACGCCCCUCCCUACCCUGACUACCGACCAAAGGGCCACCCGCCAGAACCAACAGAAUCCAUGGCUUAUCAGCACUCGGGUGGAAAAUACGUCCCGGCCAGCCACGAUGUGUUGAGACUGAACCAUAAAGAGGUGAAGCUGGCAGAUGAUCGGCCAGAAGUAGAACGGGCUCGAUCAAGACUGCCCGCCGCUGCAGCCGAAAAGCACGCCAGAGACUGCUACAAAGAAAGUGAGCACUAUGGACAGCCGGCAGGGCCACCCCCUAAACCAGAACGAAGCCACAGCCUCCGGUUCCAGCACUCCGAGAGCACACAGCGGGACGCUGGUCUCCUUUACCCGUACCAAACGCUUGGCAAACGCCAAAGUACUACAACUGUGGUGUCCCAGUAUGAUAAUUUGGAUGAUUACCAUACCAUGCCUCAGCACCAAAGAGGGGGAUACGCUGGAGGAGGGGGAUUUGUACCUCCCUUUCCUCAUCCACAUAGUAGGACUUACGCCACAGCUUUGGGCCAAGGAGCGUUCCUACCGACAGAGCUUUGCCUGCAGAGGCCAGAGACUGAAAUCCACGCAGAGUGAGCUCGGGGGCAGAAGGGGUAGAGUGUUAAGCAGCCUCUGCUGGACAGUGGACUGGUUUAUUUUUUCAAUGAUGCACAAACAUGCACACAAACACACAAAGCAACUCCUUCCAUCAGCCCUCUUGAGUUUCUGCCUGUGUCGUCCUCAUGCCGCUUAUAGUUUUUAUAUACGAAGUGUAUAGUUUUAUCCCAUUGUUUAAAUGUAAGUUGCAGCAAUCAUACAGGCUUUUGUUAAACUUGAAGACACAACCAGUCUCCAGGAAGAGCAGAAUUAAGGAUGAAGAGAUGGGUUGUACUGUGAAUGAUUCUCAGUUUCCAUAGGUUUCAAAUCACAAUGUUUCUCUUAGCAGUCACUGUCCUUCAGAGCCAUGUGCAUGAUGUAUGUAUUGAUAGGCUAAUGCAGAUAUUUCUUCUCCAGGCAAAAGUCCCUUGUAUGUGAUCAUUUAGAGAAAGUUUUAUGGAAUGCCAAGCUUUAGUAAACAUUUUAACUUGGUCCCUUCAUGCCUCAAACUCUGGAAAGAAAAAGAUUCCACAUCAUUUGUUCUUCUACCUUUAGUUGUACUACUAUUUCUUAUAUCUUUUUCUCCUAAAUUGUACUUUCAGUAUUUGUCAAGGUCCAAGCCAGUCACCAACUGGGUGACUGGUAUCAGUAAGAAGGUGGUGUGAUCUCAGGCAUGUUACCUGGUCUGUUUUCCCUUAAGAAAUCUGUAAUAAGCUGCUUCAGAUAUUUGAGAAGUUGGGGUUGGGUGCGUAGGGAACCAUUAAUAUGUUGUAAGCAGAUCUUUGCUUUGCCAGGUCAGGCAGGUGGUGUCUGUAUUAUCUCAUUAAGGGAAUCCUUAACAUCUUUUCCAUAGCAGAUGUGUAUCUUGCAAAGGCUUCCGAACAAUGGAAUAUUCAGGGAUCUUCUCCUGAGCGAGAGCCAUUGAAAGACCUGAUGAAAAAGAGCACUAUGCUUUGUUCCUUCCCAUGACAGUGAUUUCUGUCAUGGAUAUAGGAGAAUCAUGGUGCAUUUCAUUGUUAGUCAUGGAAAUUUAUUUUAACUUUCUAUUAAGUAGCUUUGCACCUAGCCUAACCAACAAUGGUCCAGAAAACAGUACCAUAUUUGUGCCUGAUAGUUCAGUUGGCAUUGUUUAUCUGCUGAUCAUGAUAAGCUCAUCAUUACAAAUGUUAGGUACUGCAGACCUAGGAAAAUACCAGUUGGUUUGACGGAAGGAACAGUAAAUACAUCAUAGUGCAUGCAGAUCUGUCUUGGGAUGUUUAUAAGGUAGGAAUGGGUACCUGGGAACCUCCAGAUAUUUGGACUCCAAACUCCCAUCAGUCCCGGCCAAUGUGAAGUUGGUAGCAGGGGAUGGAAAAUGGCAGUCUGACAAGAAGUGGGGGACUCCAAGUCCCAUGCUUCCUCAUGCUGUAAGGGAGACCCAUGUGCAGGGCAUGCUAUGUGGUACAUAAUUGUCUCUAACUUUUUAAAUGUUUAUUUUAAGGUGCCUGUUGAAAGGGGGAUAGUGUAUUGAAUUGCUUUUCUGGAGAAGUUAUAAAUAUGCACCACUCUUAAUCACAAUGUCCUUGCCAGAACUGGGGCACACGGGGGCCUCAGAUUUUCAGGCAGUCUUAGGGCAAUAAAGACACUAGCUCAAACAACAUGUAAUGUUCCACUGCAGAAGUUUUCCAAAGUGGCUGGAGUGUAUCCCAGGUACAAAGUGCUUUCUUCUCUGAGGUCACCACAACAAUGAAAAGCUAGAUUAAAGCCUGCAGGAAGCAUCUGCGUCAUUUCUCUGUAAUUGGGCCCUUGUUACAGCACAGGUGAUGGGUGUUACCCAAAGAAAGGUACCUGUAUCAGGUUCCCCUUGAGCAACAUCAGGCAUCUUACAAGGGUAACAGAAGCUUUUCAAAAACAGCACAACAUCAGUUAUUCAGAUUGUCCACUAGCUAGUAAGAUCAGUUUGCUUCUUUUGGUUAUUCUGAUGCAUAUUUCUUUUGAAGAUCUGAUUAUUGUGUUGUUGAAAAGCACUGUUUCCUGUUGUGUUAAGUACAGAUAUAGUGGUCAGAAAAUUCACUGUGAUACAGGCUUACAUCUGUUUUUUCCCCCUUUCAAGAAACCUGUUUUUGUUUUUUUGCGCUGCAUAAGUGAGAAAUAGAGGAAGGGACAUUCCAAUCCACUAAUGUCUGGAGCAAGCAAUUUUUUUUUUUUGCUGGGGUCUUUCCUUGCCCAUUCUAGCAAACCCAGUUGUAAUCCACAAGUUGCAUAGGGUCAUUGUGGCUUCCAGCCAUUUGAGCUCUUGAUGCUCUGUCAGUGGCUGCUGAGUUAUAUUGUUUAGUUUCCCUCUGGGGUUAAGGCAGGGAUAUCCUGUUGUCCUUAGGAUAGUUAAGGUUCAGGUAGCAAGGCCUGCAGAUCAAACCUGUAUCUUCAUGAAAGCCUUAAUUUCCUUGUCUUCUUUCCUUCAAUCAGCCUUAUGCUAUCUGCUCCCCAGAACCAACCUGAUUUCUUGUCAUGUCUGUAACUCCUGUAAAUCAGUAGUGUUAAGCACCAAACAGAAUCUAAAAUUGGACAUUUUUCCUCCCUGUAUUGAUCUCAUCUCCUUUUGUGGGGAAAGGGCCCACUCUGCUUAAUUCUUAAAUACCAUUUUCAAUUAUUGCCAUAAAAAUCUGAGCCGUAUCCUUGGGCCCCAUGCCUGUCCACCACUAAAGCAUUUAACCAAAACUAUUUCAAGAUGGAACUCAGUGUUUGUUCACUGUAUAUUGUUACCUGUUGUGUUUGGUGGUGGGGCCUAUGUGUGGUUGGGAAAGUGCUGUUCAAUGUUUCAGCAUUAAACAAAGUCCUUAAUGGCAGCAGUUAAAUUCAGCAAUGUUUCCCGAGCUUGAAAGAGCUGUGACAAUCGCCCUAUUCCUCCUGUACUUCUAUCACUAUUUUUAAAGCCUUCUUUCUCUCCCGACCCCCAUGAAAGCCAUAGAAUUAACUAUGCAGGCCUGCUCGCGUAUCUUGGUUAAUUUUAGAACACUGAACUUUAAAGAAGAGAUCUUUAAUAUUCUUUAAUUUGGUUGUCUGAACCCAAUCUAGACUCCACUCCCACACUGUAGGAAGAAUAAUUGUUGUUCAUCUAUUUAUAUGAACACUGGGGAGAAGGUGGGUAAAAAUAUAUGCUCAUCAGAUCAACCAUUAACCUUAGCUCUGAUUAGCUGUGGCAACUGGCCAUCAGGUCCAAGCAGGCAUCUGAUGAGGAUGCAAACCAGUUCUCAGCGGUCAGGUCCCUUGCUUUCUUUUCCUUUACUGUUGAAAUGUCAGAUUCUUAGAGGAUGCUCUCAUCUAAAUCAAGGUUUGUAUGUGUGCUUAGAGGAAAAUCAUUCCUCCCCUGGUAGCGUUAGCAGGCAUUUGAAGUCCUGCAUAUUUGUUCCUAACUUUAAAACAUUUUAAUCAGGUGUAAAAGAUUAUGCAUAUGAUAGUGGAAACAUUGUGCCUACGUCUUUGCAGACGUAAUCUGGGGAGGGGGCUUAUUGCUUGGAGGGAGGGUCGCAAUGAGAAUUGCACACUUCUGGCAGAAACAGCUGCACACAACCAAAAUUGGCUUGAAACGAUGUUCCCAUUCAGCCCAAGAGAAAUGUGUUCCCUUGUAUGUGUCACUCCAGAUGCCCCAUUUCAAUUUGGAUGGCAAAAGUGUCAGUAGACCACAGCGUGACAGUACAGGGUUUGGGAAUGGUAUUGUAGACUCAAAGGAUUCUGAUUUUAUUUUUUAAAGGUGGCUUCGGCAUGACAUUUUCUCCAGAAUUUUGUGCUAUGGAAACUGAUGCAAUGGGCAUGGUACAUUUUAACAUGUGCUCAGUAACUUCAGUGUCUACAGUAAGUUUAAUAUUGUAUAGCUCCAUUGCAAAACAAACAAGAAAUGAUUGUUGUGCGGUUUAUUUUCCUGCUGUGGAAACUUGAGUCGUCUUUUUGAGCCACAUGAGGGACCCAUCCCAGAAAUAUUGGGGUGAUCUCUAGGUGUUCUCUUUUUAAUUUAUAUAGUGUCUUAUUUUUUAUUAUUUUUAUUUUUUACUCUUGUGUGUAAGAACUGGUAUAAAAUGUAUAUGCCGACGAGCUCUUGUUCUUUUAUGUAAAUAUUUUUGUGCAUCCUACUUCCUCCCACCCCCCCUGUAAAUAUUUAGAUUCUCAUUUCCUCCACACUGUAUUGGGCGGAUGUGUUCAUUUACUAUUCUUAUUUUUUAAUUUGAACUGUAAUGCUAUGACCAGACUUCAGGUGUCUUGUGCUAUUAAAAACAAAAUGGAACAACCUAACAGUCCCACAAACCUCAGAUGUACAACUCAGCAAUUAAUGAAGCCAGGUUAAAGUCUA